AAUUUACUGCGUAUAUUAUUUUAUAACUAAUUAGGCAGGUGUAUUAAUUAAAUAUUUUAUUGACGAUAAUUAUUGACACUAUUCUACACAAUAUUGUUCAACAUGUCACAAUCUUAUCUCAUCAUAUCUAUGAUAACUUGACAUUACAAAAGGGGCAUGGUACCAACUAUGUCUACACAUGCAUCAGAAUAUGAAUCAGACGCACCUUGCUAAAGUGAAAAUACUCACUUUGUAUCCAUAGAUGAACUAGUGAGUGCAAAGUUUAAAUGUGUUAAUCCUAAUUGAGAAAAAUGGUUAAAAUACACAAGUGUCUCGUAUUGAAUGACUAUUUUCAUCAAUGAUAACAAAGGUUGAGUGUUGUGAUGAUAAGCAUAUCAAUUCAGAGUACUACGAAGAGUAAAAUUUCUUUUCUAAAAGUUUUCUUGAUAGCUUACUUUUAAUCUGAAUAUCAUAGAUGAUAGAUUCAAGUUAAUCAACUCAAUAUUCUGAAUAAUAAAUUUUAUCAAUAAUUAAUUGAUUUCAUCUAUAAAAGUUCUACAAAUACUGAUUAAAUAUUUGAACUUCGAUAUUAGAUGUCACAUUUGGUGUGGAACAGUAUGUCUAUUUACGCCUGAUGACGAUAACGAGUGAAGAUCUUUAUUUAAUGUGUAUUUUAAAGUGACCAUGUUGAAAACUUGAAAAAAAUCAAAAAGUGAUGACCACGAUCUGAAAACUACAUUGUGAUCUAUCAUAAAAGUAAUCAAAAAUGAACUUUGCACAAGCAGAAAAAUUUUUGGCAGUUUUAUACUUAGUAUCUGCACUAUUGUCUGUCAUAUCAGUAAUAUGUAUUGUGACUGUUUGGCAAUAUUGGACUCGGACCUUGAAUCUCUGUAUUGAUGUUGACUGUGGGUGUAUUUUAUACAGUGUUAAUACUUUUAGUAAAUUUAUGGGCGGUGAUGUGAAAAUCUGCCAUUUCGUUUCAUUAGCUGCUAUUCCAGCUAUAGUGUUUGGAUUGAUGUUCGGUCUCUACCAUGGCUACAGAUCAUUAAUUAAUAAAAAAUUAAGUGACCCUAGAAUUGUUGCUUGUCAACCAGUAUGCUAUAACAGGGAAAAUAAUAGUGAACAUGUUGUAGUGAUAACUCCCAAGAGACGUACUUCUUGUAAAAGCUGGAUGCCAACCACUUUCCUAGCUGCGUUAAUUACUUGCUUAUCACUAGCUCAUACAGUUGUCAUAACUGAUGGAUAUUACAAGACUUGUGAGCAAUACAAAAAAAAUCUGAUCCAUUUAUUAGGAUCAUCAGGUCGUGAAGCUGAGGCAAUUUAUAAUCGUUUAAACUGUGGUGCUAUUUUUGAUUACAUGGAUUACAUUGAGCCUGAUGCUAAUAAUUGGAGGCGUGGUGAUGAAAUUAAUACAGGUUUAGCAUUGCAAUGUGCGAUUACUACUGUAUGGUUCAAUUGUUUUAGUUGGGUUGCUAUUUUUGUCAUUAAUUUCACUAUGAACCGAAAGAAAAAAAAUCAAAAUAGUGAAAAAACGUAUUGUUUCGGCAACUAAAUAUUUUAUUCAUUUAUUGUGCAUCAAAA